GCGCUGCUGGACAGCUGCAUGCAGCAGGCCACCGUGGCGCUGGCGGAGACUUCGCGAGUACAACUUGCCUCCUGCCAGCAGCAGCUCGUGGGCAUGUUCCAGGCGCAACAGGAGCACGCCGCCAAAUCGCUCGCUGUCCACGCCCGUGACGUCGCCAAAGUUGGAGAGCACGCGGAUGCCCUGGCUGAUGAGCAACGGCGGAUGCGGGCCCAGAUCGACGACAUCGAGAAGAUGCUUGCCAUGGCCGCGAAAGAGGUCCCGAUCAUCGACUUCCAGGCGCUGGAGGCCUGGGCCAGGCUCCCAGACGCGAGGAUCUUCUCCGUGGGCGCACCUGAACUGGUUGGCCCUGCGCAAGUCCGAGCUGGCAUCCACGACUGGCUCACAGCUGCUGGCCUCGACAAUAACAUGGUCCGCCUCGACUCCUCCGUCCCCAGGAAGCGCUUCAACAUUGUCGUGGAGGGCGGGCUGGACAUCGCCAUUCCGCGUGCUCAACGGGCUCGAGACAUCAUCACCUCCCAGGGCGUCAAGCUGGCCGAGCUCGAGAUGGGCGACCGUCGGGAAACGGACGCCACAAUCCGCUGGAACAUGGACAUGGUCUUGCGGCUGGCCAUCGACAGGGGCGCGACCGCUGAGCAGUUCAAGAAGGCCUUCUCGCUGGAGGACCGCACGGAAGUCCACGGAUCCGAGGAUGCGCUGAAGGUCUUCUGUCAGCUUCAGCCGCAACGCUACCUAUCGUUUCUGGCGGCUGGCUCUUCCCCUGGUGUUGGUGGCGUUGCAUACCUGGUCCCGCAGCAGCCCGCGGCCUCCUCGACUGGGGUGGCCCCCGCGUUCGCCUUCGACAUCGUGAUCCCUGGCAGGGUCGCCCUUCUCUGUGGCGGCGAUCCCUCGUCGCAGUACAGCAUUAAGAUAAUGGGCGUGCGCAGUUUCGACCUCUCAGAUGGCGACUUCGCCGCGGUGGAGGCGGCCUGGAACGACGCCGUCGCCAGGGCUGCGGACGGCCGCUUGAUGCGCAUCCUCACUGGGGCGGGCGGCUUCAACAUCGCGCGCUACCAACUGCGACAGCCUGCGUGGCGCCGUGUCUUCGCCGCGACCCUGGAGAUCGAGGCGCCGCGGCCCGCCCGCUUCGACAGGGCCAGCCAGCAGCUCUCCGUCAUCGGCCGCGUCUUCCUAGGAAUCGACGCGCAUGCGAUGCUCUCCGUCUCCACGCGGCUCACGACCGCCUGCGGCGCGAUGGAGCUGUCGGAACGUGGCCUCAGUGACCGCGCGCCUCUCGUCUUGCAGAUCGAGAUGGCCCGACGAGUCCCGCGAGAGGAGCAGGUGAUCCCGUCGCACCUCUUCUCCCGCUCGAGGUGCCCCGAGACGUUCUCCCUCAUGAUGGCGAAUGGCGAUCUGGAGGCGGCGUCGGUCGAGGAUCGCUGGCGAGCUACCAUGACUUGCAUGACAUUGGCUGCUGGUCGGAUCCGCGACGAGCAGGUGCGCGCCGGCGUUUCCCUGAAGGUCAAGGGCGACAAUGCCGAGACCACGCGCAUGGGCCUCAAGACUGCGGCGCGGGCCCUCUGGCGCCAGGAUGCGUCGCUUGCGGCCCGCCUCCUUGCUUUGUGCCCUGACCUCGCCGCCCGCCUGCUGAUCGACCAAGGCGAUGUUCGAGUGGCGGAUGCCGGCGCCUUCGCCGACGCCCUCGACGCGGUCGCGGCGAAGGCCCACGCUAUGCGCAGGCGGGCGGCCGAGGCUGCUGCGCGGAGGCCCAGCGACCGAGACGCCCCCGCCUGGCGCCGCGUGGAGCGGAGGUCUGCCCAACACGCGCAGCUAUGGAUCCCUUGGCGUCGCCGAGUGGUGCUCGCUGGCCUCCGGCUCGACUCUCCCCCGUGCGCCUCCGACUCCGCCUCGGACGUGACCCCGGAGGUGGUCAGCGACCCUGCGGGCAUGACGGGCGUUGUGGCUGAGUACUGGGGCAAGAUCUUCGAGCGCGCGCCGACCGUGGAGCAGAUGCUGCGGCUCAACCAGUUCCUCGACCGCUUUGCCCCGCAACUACCCGUUGCGGAGCUUCCGCAGCCGUCGCUGCGCGCGCUGGAGCGCGCCGCAGAGCGGGCCCCGCCAAGCGCUCCUGGACCUGGCCAGCUGCCAUGCGCGGCGUGGCGGCGCAGCCCUGGGGCUCUCCUGCAUCUACGUGCGUUGAUGGAGCAGCUGUUCAACGAGGGCGUAGGGGCUCCUCCCUGGCGCCGCUCUGCGUCGCCGAUGCUGCUCUCCUUCGACUUCGAACAGGCUUUCCCGUCCCUCUUCCGCGACGUGAUCGACAUCGUGCUGCCGAGGUCCGGCGUCCCGCUGGGCUUCUGCUUCGCGAUCUCGGCGUUGUGCUGCAAUUGCCUCGCCAUCAGCUCCUUCCGAGUUUCUGGAGGCAGCGCGGCGAUGGAGCCGCUCUUUGCCUUGAGGUGCGGCAUCGUGCAGGGGUGCCCCCUUUCGGGCACGGUCUGGUGCUCGGGUAUGGACGCCCCGAUCCGUGCUUUGAUCAAGGCGCUGGGUGGCCCCCCUGAAGGCUGCCUCACGGCGUGCGCGGACGACCUGGGCAUGCUCAUCCGCAAUGCCAAGGUCCCCCCGUCCAUCGCCGACUCUUUUGUUGACGUCGGGGUCGCUUUCAACCUCCAGCUCGCGAUCCAAAUGUGCGCGCUGGUCCCGCUCUGGGCGGAGGUCACGCCCGACCUGAUCAACGAUGCCGAGGCGUUCCUGGCCGAGACGGCCCCGAGCUGGAGGGGCUUCCGCGUCGCCUCCUCGGCCAUGCACCUGGGCUCGCGCAUCGGCCCUGGCAUCGCGGAGCAGGGCACCUGGAAGGAUGCGGCGGCGAAGUGGCGGUCUCGGGCGACGGAGCUGAGCCGCGCGGGCAUGGCGGGCAGCCUUGCCGCUCGCGCCUGCAACGUCAAGGUGCUACUGUGCCUGUCCUACCUGGCCCAGGUUUUCUUCAUCGUCCCCGAGAUCUGGCGGGUCGAGUUCACGAUGCUCCACCGCCUCCUUCGCUUCCCGCCGUCGGCCAUGCGCAAGGCGGACAUCCUCUCCUUGGGGGCGUGGCGUGGCCCCCCUGCGCCGAUGGGCCUGUUGCCGUGCUCGAUCGGCGCGCUCCUCCGCGCUGCGGCGCGCGCGGUGCGCAACCGGGGGCCCACGCUGCACGCCCUGCAUGACGCCGCGGUCGAGAACCUCCCGCUGGCGAGCGCCUUGAAGGGCUCGUGGAAGAUCAAGCGCCAUGCCGUUGCGAUGCGCGCCGCCCGCGACGGCCUAUACGAGGAACGAUUCGGCCGGCUGAUCGGCCGCCGCCUGCGGCGGCGGGGGAUGGAGGUGCCCGACGAGGAGUUGCGGGGCCGCUGGCUGGAGUUGCGCGCCGUUCUGCGCGCAGCGCGCCCCGCCUGGAUGCGGUCGCGGCUGCGCGCCAUCUCCAACGGCUGGAUCGCGUCUGGCAGGAUGCACGUCAUGGCGCCCCGCCUGCGCACCAUGGGCUGCGAGUCGCGCGACGACCUGUCGCACUACAUUGUGCGCCCUGUGCUCCGUGGCGAGGUCGCAGCGUUGGCGCAGGAGAGUGAGCUGAGCAGCGGCGCCACGUUUUUCGGCUUAG